UCUAAUAUAAAAUAUAUUUUUGGGUCACGAAACCGAAAUUUUUUUUUUAAAUUUUAAUUAGUUAUUUUUUAUUAUGCAGGAAAGUAACGAUCGCUUUAUUGGAAAUGAAUAUUAUAAUUGAAUCAGUAAUUGCAUUUACUCCAACAUUGAUAACAUCAAAAUUGUCAUUACCCGUGGAAAAAAUAUGGAUUCCCUACAGUGUUCUCGAUAAUAUUUAUUUAUAUUUAUUAACUUUCCUUUAUCAAAUUUUCAAUUCAUAUGCACGCUCAAUUCUAAUAUGUUCCAUAGAUUUGUAUCUAAUCAUUAUGAUGAGACAAAUCUGUGCACAACUACAAAUUUUUAAACAUCGUUUAAAUAAUUUACCACAAUUGCUCAUUGAAAAUAAUAAUAAUAAUAAUUCAUUUACAAUAGAAAAUAAAAAAAAUGAAUUAAAAAUUCUUAAAGAUUGGAUAAAUCAUCAUAAACAUGUUUACACAAUGGGCAAAAAGUUAAAUGAAUUAUUUAGUAUUAUGACAUUUGCUCAAUUUUUCUUGUCUACUUUAGCAUUAGGAGUAAUAAUUUAUCAAUUAGCAAAAGUAAAACUAUUUACGUCAAAAUUUUUCUUCAUGCUCUUUCGUUUAAAUAAUUAUUUACUUGAAAUCUAUCUUUUAUGUUGGUUUGGAGAAUUAAUGAUUAGCGAGAGUGUUGAUGUGGCACAAAAAAUUUAUGAAAUCAAUUGGCCAUUAUUUUCGACAAAUUCAAAAAAAUGUUUAAUUAUAAUAAUGUCACGUGCGAGAAUUCCAAUACAACUCACCGCUGCAUCUAUUAUAUCAUUGUCAUUUGACACUUUUUUCAAGAUUAUCAAAAUAUCUUAUACAGCAUUCAAUUUUUUGCGAAAUUCUUAAAAAUUACUGAACUGGUAGUUGAUAUUUAGUAAAAAAAACAACUGAAUAUAGCUUGUAAUAAAUAAUAGAAUCUUAAUAAAUAAUUGCAAACAAGAUUAUUAAAUAGAUUAUUAA